AAGCUGACCACUGUGAAAUUCAUUCUUGCUCUAGCUGCAAUUCAUGGUUGGUCCCUAUCUCACUUAGAUAUCAACAAUGCCUUCUUGUAUGGAGAUUUAGAGGAAGAAAUCUAUAUGAACCUGCCCCCUGGUCUGAUUGUUGAAGAGGGGCACCCACCUGGUUCAAAAUUGGUCUGCAAGCCUAUCUCACUUAGAUAUCAAAAAUGCCUUCUUGUAUGGAGAUUUAGAGGAAGAAAUCUAUAUGAACCUGCCCCCUGGUCUGAUUGUUGAAGAGGGGCACCCACCUGGUUCAAAAUUGGUCUGCAAGCUGAAUAAAUCCCUGUAUGGUUUGAAGCAAGCCUCACGGCAGUGGUAUUUGAAACUUUCAGAAACUCUGGAGAAAUUUGGCCUUAAACAAUCUGCCUCUGAUCAUUCCUUUUUUUUAAGGCUGAUGGAUCGACAUUCUUUGGCAUUGUUGUAUAUGUUGAUGAUAUACUUAUUGCCACAAAUAAGCCGGAUAUGACAGAGAGCUUCAAAACCUUCAUAGCUCAGUUUUUUAAAUUCAAGGACUUAGGGAUCCCCAAGUACUUUCUUGGUCUUGAGAUUGCUAGAAGCAAAAAGGGAAUCCUUGUUUCCCAGAGAAAGUAUAGCAUGGACUUGCUGAGGGACAGUGGCAUGCUUGGUUGCAAACCCUCCUCCAUCCCUAUGGAUCCAUUGAAGCAACUAAAAGAAGAUACAGGAAAUGCUAUGACAGAUCCUGCUAGAUACAGAAGACUAAUUGGCAGGCUCUUGUAUCUCUGCAUCACUAGACCAGAUAUCACAUUUGCUGUCCAUAAACUUAGCCAAUAUGUGUCUAAGCCUUGCAUUGAACAUUGGGAAGCAAGUGAGAGAGUGCUGAGGUACCUGAAAAGCACUCCCGGGCACGGACUAUUUUACUCAAGUGAAACCAGUCCUACACUUAGUAUUUUUGCAGAUGCUGAUUGGGCUGCAUGUCCGGACACUAGAAAGUCCAUGACUGGCUAUUGCUUAUUCCUUGGCUCAUCCUUGAUCUCAUGGAAAGCAAAGAAGCAACAUACUAUCUCGAGGUCCUCGGCAGAAGCAGAGUACCGAGCCAUGGCUCAUGCCACGUGUGAAGUCGUUUGGGCCAUAGCCUUGCUGACUGAUUUUGGCAUAAAGGUUGAGAAGGCAGUUCCACUCUACUGUGAUAACCAAGCAACAGUGCACAUCAGUUCCAACCCGGUCUUUCAUGAACGAACGAAGCACAUUGAGAUCGAUUGCCACACAGUUAGAGAAAAAUAUUUGGAGGGUGUGAUCAAACCACUGCAUAUCAGAAAUAAUUUGCAGUUGGCAGACAUUUUUACCAAACCAUUGGGACCUACAGCUUUUGCUGAUAUUUUGGCCAAGAUGAACUUUUGCAGCUUAUACAGUUCACCUUGAGGGGGCGUGUUGAAGUAAGAGAGAGCUGAGCUGGUGCUGAGCUGGAAGUUGACCGUCGUCAAAGUUAGUUACAGAUAUUUUCUUUCUUCUUCUGCUUUGUUAAAAUAGGAGAAUAAGGAGUGUGCAGUGUAGUAUAAAUAGGCGAGGAAACUCUCUUUGUAUUACUUGUAUAUUUUACAAAAGACAAAUAAAAGCUAAUAAGUUUCUCCCUCA